GAGGGGGGCAGCACUCAGUAGCAAGUUACGCCACGGAGUGUUCCGUCGCUUCCAUCGUAAACAAUUCCAUGUGACUGAAGAUGACAAGUGAUAGGUGAAGUGAAAGUGGCAAAAUGUUCAAGCUUUUGGGCGGUUUGAAGGACUAUCUCAAGUACCAGGAUGUCAUCGUCGACAGCGCCGUCUUCCGGAUGCACAAUCUCUUCACUACGGCCUUGCUGAUGGCCUGCAGUUUGAUCAUCACGGCCUCGCAAUAUGUAGGAAAUCCCAUACAAUGCAUAGUGGACGGACUCCCGGGGCAUGUGGUCAACACCUUCUGCUGGAUCUCCUCCACGUUCACGAUGCCUGAUGCCUUCAGGCGGCAGGUCGGUCGAGAAGUUGCCCAUCCUGGUGUUGCUAACGACUUCGGCGCCGAAGACGCCAAGAAAUACUACACCUACUACCAAUGGGUCUGCUUCGUUCUGUUCUUCCAGGCUUUGGCUUGUUACGUGCCCAAAGUGUUGUGGGACGUAUUUGAAGGGGGCCUUAUGAAGACGCUGAGUAUGAGACUGAAGUUCGGGAUCUGUCACGAGGACGAGAAAAAUGCCAAGAAGGAGGUGAUUUUUGACUACCUCCUCACCCAUGUUCGAUGCCACAACCUGUACGCCCUGCGGUACUUCGCCUGCGAGUGCCUCUGCCUCAUCAACGUGAUCGUCCAGCUGUACCUCAUGAACAAGUUCUUCGACGGCGAAUUCCUCUCGUACGGCUGGCGCGUGAUGAACUUCUCCGAGCAGGCGCAGGAGGACCGCAUGGACCCCAUGGUGUACGUCUUCCCGCGCGUCACCAAGUGCAUCUUCCACAAGUACGGGGCCUCCGGCUCGAUCCAGAAGCACGACAGCUUGUGCAUCCUCCCGCUGAACAUCGUCAACGAGAAGACCUACAUCUUCAUCUGGUUCUGGUUCAUGAUCCUGGCCAGCAUGCUCACAGUGCUGGUCUUGUACCGGAUCGCGAUCGUGGCCUCGCCCAGGCUGCGGCCUAGGCUGCUCAACGCCCGACACAGGGCGAUUCCUAUCGAGGUUUGCCGAUCGCUGUGUCGGAAAAUCGAGCUCGGGGAUUGGUGGGUUCUGAUGCUCCUGGGCCGAAAUAUGGACCCGAUGAUCUACAGGGAGAUUAUCUGCGAGCUGACCAAGAGGAUUGAGACCAGGCACCAGAAUUGAGGGACUUGGCGGUUUAGAAUAAUACUCAGAGACUUUUAUUUAUUUUUGUCAGGUUUGGACCGGUCGAAACAAAAUUCUGUGAUUACGCCGACUGGUAGUUUCAAUCAAUGACAUAUCACUUUUGUAAAUUUAUACAAUUUUUAUUAAUUUGUAAGAGCACAGCUUAGGUUAAGGUAAUUUUAGACGAUUUUACUUCUGUCUUUAUUAUUGUAUAAAUAAACGAAAGAAAGACA